UUAUGAUUAGAGACACUGAAUGUAUGUAUGGACAGCACCGGAACUGCAAACACGGCGGGUCCAUCCCCAAGCUCAGCUCCCUAAACGCCCUCAACUCAUACUCCUGGGGACGUGAUCACUAUGCCUGCUCUGCCUGACAGUGGAAGCUCCUCGGAGGCGUCAAUGAUGGUAAGUACGGAUGGGUCAGGCACUCUAACUUCGCCAUCAAUUCAUUUGUUCCAGGCUGAUAUGGACGGCUUCGUGGAGGAUGGAUCUCUUGAUGACAACGUCUCCGAGUCUUCUUUAUCCCAUGAUGACAUCGAACCCCGUGAUCCUGUGGGUCAGUGCAUGGACUUUAGUAAAGGAUUCACAUUCACUGAAGUUAAUACUGUUCGAGCAAGCACCCGCAAAGUCGUCUGCUGCCACUUCUCAUCCGAUGGAAAAUUGCUUGCAAGUGGUGGCCACGACAAAAAAGCUGUUCUAUGGUACACGGACACUCUAAAGCCUAAGACGACCCUUGACGAACACGUAUCUAUGAUCACAGAUGUCCGUUUUAGCCCAAGCAUGCCGCGCCUUGCCACAUCCUCGUUCGAUAAGACCGUCAGACUCUGGGAUGCUGACAAUCCCGGGUAUUCGCUCCGGACGUUCAUGGGACACAAUGCAGUUGUGAUUUCUCUCGAUUUUCACCCGAAUAAGGAUGAUCUCUUAUGCUCUUGUGAUGGAGAUGGUGAGAUACGGUACUGGAGUAUUAAUAACGGGAGCUGUACGAGAGUUUUUAAGGGAGGAAUGGCCCAGGUGAGAUUCCAACCGCUUCUGGGGAGAUAUCUUGCAGCAGCUGCUGAGAAUGUCCUUUCGAUAUUGGACGUGGAGACCCAAGCUUGCCGACAAACCUUGCAGGGUCACACAAAGCCGAUCGAUUCUGUCUGUUGGGACUCUACUGGAGACUUACUUGCAUCAGUAAGUGAGGACUCUGUGAGGGUAUGGGCGCUCGGGUCAGGAAGUGAAGGGGAGUGUGUGCACGAACUGAGCUGCGAUGGCAACAAAUUCCAUUCGGCCGUGUUCCACCCUACAUGGCCGUCAUUGCUCCUGAUUGGCUGUUACCAGUCAUUGGAGCUCUGGAACAUGUCGGAGAACAAGACGAUGACCCUGCCGGCACAUGAUGGGCUUAUCACUGCCUUGGCCGUGUCCAACGUGACAAGGUUGGUUGCCUCAGCCAGCCACGACAAGUCGGUCAAGCUAUGGAAGUAGGUCCGGAGGAAAAGGGAUCGGCUGUAAUCUAUGUGGCUGUUAAAUCACUUCUGGUGUUUUCUCAAUAUCCAUCCUCAGAUUCUGAAAACGAAGAUCUAAGCUCAGUGAGAGACGCAAAUUGGGGAGGAACAUUAACCUCUGUACCGUUCCUUUAGAAUGCUCUUUUUUGUUUCUUGGGCUGCUUUUGUAAUGACAUUUCCCGUUAGGCUUCCCUUAACAACAAAGUGAUCAACGUGUAAAAGUUCCAGUGUUUUUCUAUU